AUGGCCUAUAACAACAAGCAAGUAGCUACAGUAUGGGCUAAGAGGUCCUUCAUCAGAAAAAAAUGGAGUUGCAAUGUUGUGCCCAAUUGGCUGAAAGCAACUUCUCUUUACCAAGUCUCUCAUCUACUUCAGAUCCUUACGGGAAGGUAUCCAUUUCCAACUGCUUCACUAAGCCUCAUGAAUUACAGCGACGUCUCUGCAGUGCCUCUACUCGACUGUCUUGGCAGAGUUUUCAUGUUUGCCCUCAUCACCAUCAGAGGAUUUCUGAGAAUGCAGCAAGUUCACAGCUUCCUCUCCAGCUGUCUGACACCCCAACAGCAGAAAGACAUUUAUUUUGAUUAUAUCAUGAAUGAGAAUGUACUCCCAAAUUUGCCAGAGCUGUGUAUUUGGGGCAUGUUCAACCAGAGGUAUUGGGGCAUGUCAACUUGCUACUAG